GAGCAUUUUCUUCUUUAUCUUCUUCUUCUUCUCCAACCAUUUUCUAUUCUUUUUCGUAGUUCAUUUCUUUUGUAAACAAACUAUCUUUGUUCUUUUUGACAUUAUCGUCGAAGUGUUCCGUAUUCGAGCAUGGCAACAAGAUUCAGAGGGCUUUAUCAGAAGAGUUUCAAGUGCUUCGCGGACAUUUUCGAUGAGGAGGAGGAGGAGAUGAUAAUAGGAUAUCCUACAGAUGUUCGACACGUGUCACAUAUCGGUUGGGAUAGUUCAUCGAGUAGUGCACCGAGUUGGAUACAUGAAUUCAAGACGAGCAACAACGUCUUAGAGCCAAAUUCAUCGUGGCCGUUUACAGAUUUGAAAUCAGCUAUGGAAGCCUUUGGAGAUGUUGAAAGCAGCAAAGAAUUGGGGAGAAAAUCAACGAAACAAAACCUGAAGAAGAAGCUCUCUUCAAAAGCCUCUAAAUUGUGUAAUCCAUGGUCACCAAGAUUCUUAAGAUCAAGAAAGGUCCUUGCUUGAUUGUUUUUAAUUUAAAUUAAAGUUCACUGUUGUUGUUUAUAUAAGAUAGAUCAUCUAGUGAAAUAUCAAUGUUAAUGUGUUGAUUUGAGAUAUAUAUUAUCAGAAGUGUGUACAUAUUUUAUAUUUAUAUUCAUAUUCAAAGUGUCUUUGCAAUGAC